GGGCGGGGCAGGCGCGGAGGUGGCUCCCGCCUGCGGUCGGCGCGGUCCGGGGAGGGACCAGCGGAGUGCGCAGGUCUGAGCAGCAUGGCUGUGCCCGGUGUCAGACUGCUCACGGGUGCUCUAAGGAAGCCAGAUGCCUGGGCCAGACUCUGGGGAGUGAUUCAGGGGACAUCGUCACACAAACUUUGUGCUUCCUGGAACCGAUACUUGUAUUUCUCCAGUACCAAGUUAAACACAUCAAAUUAUAAAACACUUUUCCGUAACAUUUUCUCUCUGCGACUCCCAGAGCUUUUACUAUCUCCAGAAUAUAUUUUUCCAUUUUCUAUACGACUCAAAAGCAAUAUAAACUCCAAAAAAUCUACGAAAAAGACCCUGCAAAAAGAGGCAGACGAAGAGGACUCCGACGAGGAGACCAGUCACCCCGAGAGGAGCGAACAGGAGGAGGAGCUUGAGGAUGAGCCCGGUGUGGUGAAGGACUACAAAGACCUGGAAAAGGUGGUGCAGUCCUUCCGGUACGACGUCAUCCUGAAGACAGGCCUUGACGUGGGGAGAAACAAAGUAGAAGAUGCAUUCUACAAAGGUGAACUCAGACUGAAUGGGGAAAAGUUGUGGAAGAAAAGCAGAACGGUGAAGGUGGGAGAUACUUUGGAUCUCAUCACUGGAGAGAACAAAGACACAGGAACAGAGGUGGUGAUGCGUAUUCUCCUGAAGAAAGUAUAUGAAGAGAAGACCGAGAACGACAAGCACCGGGUGGUGUUGCGCCGAUGGAAGAACUUAAAGCUGCCUAAAAAGACUUUGUCUAAAUAAACAUCACUUCUCCCACAGUCUGCCUCCUAAUUGUCAGGGGGUGGGGGAGCAUAAAAAGAGGACGUUUUUA